UAGAGACACCUUUAGAGACAAAGAGUGUUGAAUUGGUUCACAUGUUGUCGACUAAUAACAAACAUAACAAACCAAACCAAACAUGACUUCUUUAAUCAAAGUUUGUCACCACUUCUUCAGCAAACCAUUGCAUAACAGAUGGACUUAUGUUAUGAGACGAAGUAUGACAUCGACUUCGGUGGUGAACGAGCCGGUCAUCCGACCACCCGCUGCCUCUAUUGAUGACAAACAAUAUCCACAAAAGAUUGUUAAAAUUGUUGAUGAAAUCUCAAGUUUAACACUUCUGGAAGUGUCAGAACUGAAUCAAUUACUUAAGAAAACACUGAACAUAUCGGACACACCUAUGAUGUCUUUCGGAGCUCUUCCUAUGGGUGCACCCGUUGCCGCUCAAGAGGAAGAGGAAGAAGAAAUGGCCGGUAAAGCAGUUCAGACAUCAUUCACAUUAAAACUUAACAAAUUUGAUGACUCAAAGAAAGUGGCGCUCAUUAAGGAGAUUAAGACUUUAAUUGAGGGCAUGAAUUUGGUUCAGGCGAAGAAGUUUGUUGAAUCGGUUCCACAAAUAAUUAAAUCUAAUUUGGCUAAAGACGAGGCCGACAAACUAAAGACCGCACUCGAAGCCGUCGGUGGACAGUGUGUUAUAGAGUAGUAAUAGUUUUCAUCAAUUGAUUUAUUUCAGUCAUCUAUUGUAUAGUGGACUUUGUAAUGAAGCAUUCAUUUAAAUUUAGUUAACAAUUUUGUAGUCAAAUUAUGUCAAUUAUAUCAUUAUUAUAAUAAAAUAAUGUUAAUCUA